GGUUAUCAGUCAUAAACAUUUCUACUCCGAUGCUAGACGGAACACUUCAUAUUCGGCUAUUACAAGGUUAGAAUCUUUUACAUUUUUUAUCCGAAAUACACCGUGUUUGACGUGCUCGAAGGAUCCGGCAGCGCAGUUUAGCAAAAUUGAUAACGAAAGUCACCCCCCCUCCGUUAUGUAGUUUAGUCUUCCAGUCUCCAUUCAUAAACUUACACUGGGGGUGUGUGAGUCAGAAUGAGUUUAAACCUUGGAGUAGCGAGGAUCCAGAACAUGUACAGAGACAUCACUGGAGCCUACCUUCAGCCAGAUUUAGGGUGCAGUAGCCACAGCCUACAGACCUCGGGAACGUCCCCAAUUUUAGGAACUUCAGGAAUGGGACACGGCGUCAGAUCGAACCCACCAGAUGACUCGCAGCAGAAGUAUGCAGCUCACACAUCCUCGAAUCCUUUUAUCCCAACAUUAAAUGCCAUCACAUCAAGUCAAGACCUUAACUGGAUGAUCCAACCAAGCGUACGCCCCCUGAACUUACCACCAUAUCAAAGCCCUCGGCAUGGGGUUAUCCGAAACAUGGGAGGAGUCUUGAAUGUGGGGCGAAGGAGAAAUGGAGAACAUCUGUCACCAGAGGAAGAUGAGAGAAGACGAGUGCGACGUGAGAGAAACAAGAUAGCAGCAGCAAAGUGCCGUAACCGUCGCAAAGAGCUGACAGAUUACCUGCAGGCAGAAACUGACAAACUUGAAGAAGAGAAGUCAUCCCUCCAGAAAGAAAUUGCUGAGCUGCAAAAGCAGAAAGAUAAGCUGGAACUCAUCCUUGAGGCACACCAGCCUAUAUGCAAGUUUCCUCACAACAUGCAGCAAGUGGACUCAUCCAGGCUGGUUAAGGAGGAGCCACAUGAAGAGCCACCUCGGGGACCUAAAGUCAAUCUUCCCAGAAUAGAGCUGAGCGACACACUCCUAGAACCAGAGGCCCUACACACCCCAACACUCAUGAAGACACCAUCCAUUACUCCUUUUACGCCAAAUUUAAUAUUCACUUAUCCUGGUCCCCAAGAAUCAUGUUCCAUCGCCCACCGAAGGUUGAGCAGAAGUAGCAGCAGCAGUAGUAGUGAAGAGCAAAGUCCAUGUUCUCUAAGUUCUAACAGCCUACUGACUCUAUAAAAGUAUUUUUUACUGUGUGUGCUUCUGGUUUUGGAAUCACCUGUUAGAAAUCUAUGCCAUCCCCAACAUUUUUAUAGACACUCUAUAUAGGGUUUUAUUCACUUUUUUAGUAAGGCAUGCUAUUACUUACCUCAUACUUCCUCCCUUAAGAAAUCACAUUACUUCCCAAUGAAUGAUUCUUGUCAGAUGCAUGACCUGUCAUUAUACGGUUAUAAGUAAAUUGUGACGCAGAGCCAUUUUUUAAUAGGUUCCUAUAUAAGCAGCAGUAGAGCAGGUUCUCUUUAUAUUUAUUAAAAACAUAUUUUUAUAUGAUUUGUGCUUGACAUAAAAAACGUGCAUUUUGAUAAUAGCACAUUAAUAAAAUAACCAUGAGAAAA